GCACGCAGUGAGCAAGCAAACAACUUUUGCGUGCACUUUGCGCUGCAUUGUGUUCUACUUCUACUGCUGCUACCAGUACUGCUUCUGAACGCUAUUCUUGCCUGCCUUGACCUUCUUCACCAGCCGACGCAGAGACGCAGAUACAGUCGUAGCCACAGCCGCAGCCGACCAGAGGUCAUGCCUGCACCACCAUCACCACCAAUCGUCCUUCUCUUCACCACCCUCCCUUCUUUCUACUAGAACCAUACCGACCUACCACCACCAUUCGCACAUGUCCACAGUGCCAGGCAUUCCUUCGUGUUUCUACCCCUCGCGUCAACCAUCUCACGACUUUGACAGACCGCACAGCCUGGAGACCACCACUGCGACUGCGACUCCUUCGCUGCAUUGACUGCCUCGAGAUUACGUCCUGUGUUUACUCCACCAAACUUUAACCAACAAUUUUGUUUGCUGCGUUCACCUUCACGCCACCACCACUGAACCCGCCAACCACCAACUUCACCGAUCACCCAACGAUGAUAAUUGACUCUACAUCCAUCGUCCCUUUGCUUCUUCAGGUUCUUGUCUAGGGAGGUCAUUGAGCGGGGGAGGAGCUCUGUGACAUUACAAGAUGAAGACGGUAAUACCUAGUGUAAGUGUGCUGCUGCCCUCAACGUCUCGUUCCCCCGUCCCCGUGUGCAUGGAAGUGCAGGCAUGUACCCUCUGCCAUUGCCAGCAGCGACCGCUGCAAUUCAUCUAUUUGCGUAGAUCUGCAUGGCAGCUGCCAUCGUCACCGUCUAAUUUGUAUGAGUGUCUGACUAACUUGGGCAUUGUUAUAGCUGGUUGCUUCAAGCACAGUCGGAGUCGCUGCGGUGGGUCUGGCAUUUGCUAGACAGGAGCGCACUUCAAAUCCCACUUCUAAUAAACGAGUUGCUGGAGACCCUACCCAUCUCAGCAUACUCAAUAAUGGCAACGGAACUGCCUCUCCUUCCUCACGUCCCGCUACGAUGUCUUCUCUUACUCCCAAUCGCAGUACCCUUCAACCAUCAACCGAUCCAAGCGAGUCGCCAGAACCCCCUUCAUCUACACUUCGACCGACUUCUACGACCCCAAGAAAUGACCUUCCACCCUCAAGCCACGCCCGUGUCAGACGACAUACAAUGUUCCGCCAAGGGGAUGGAUCCUCACCUUCAGAUGGAGAGAAUAAGAGAGACUCUGGUUCAUCCAGGGGAUCAUGGAUGGCCAGAAGAUUCUCAGCCAUGCCGACCUCUUACAACACCAGUCCUAGAUCAAGUGUCGGUCCUGAUUCGCCCUCUAUAACACACACAAACGGUUCUGCGGCUCCAAUUCUGGCCGAGCCAGACAAUAGUCCAGCUCAAUUGCCCCCCAAUAAAUCCAAUAAAUUGGUCAAGAGGGCAUCCUCGGGCAAGAAGGAGACGGAAGCUUGGGCGCGAAGUGGCUCCAAAUCCAAAGUCCCUACACUACGCAGACCUGCCACUAGCUAUCAACGUUCUGCCAACCUGAUGGAACAAUUCCGAAAUCAAUCCUCCGACGAUCCACUCUCCAGAAACCAGUCACCCGAAAUCGAGUCCACCAUCCAGGAAUCUACCGAAUCUUCCAACACAAGUCCCAAUACUGCACAUGGCUCUAUUCGAGCUAGCUUUUGGAGUAAUAAGGCAAGUAAAUUAGGACUCCCCUCGUGGCGUCCCUUCUUCCAACGUAAAAGUGUACGAUUUUCAAAGGACCGUUUGGCAGGCCAAUCAACAUCCAAACGGAUUCUUGUAGAUGAUUCUGUUAGACCAACGCUAGUCACUCCUGAUGUGAUUAAUUUCAGACCUUCAGAUGAUCCCUAUGAGUUUGGGGAUGAUAGUUUACCGCUUGAUAGUUCUCUAGUGGAGGAAACUGAAGAAUAUGACACCAACGUGCCAUCCGUCGAUUCAAAACGACCUCGCCGUUCUCUUUCUUUCCAUUUUGGUUCCCCAAAUGGUUUAUUGUCAAAGACCGGAAGCAUGAAAGGAAAUAAGAGAAACGCUGAAGGUAGAAGUGGGGGUAAGCGUCAUUCUUCUGCGCCUGUUUCAGCAUUGCCUGGAAGGAAUAUCAUGUCGGCUGAUGGGCAUUCAAUCAAUCGACCCAUGACGAUGGAUUUCUUCGGGAACCCCGCACAAGAAUACACUUUUGAUACCCCGACCAGAAGAUUGAGCGGGAAAAUAGAGUUGGAACAACAAGGAAGCGCACCUGUCACAUAUGAAACACCAGAGAAGGCACACCUCGUCGACAACAGCCCCAUUGAGAAGAUCGUGUCUCAGCUUGCGACUCUCGACCAAGAUGCUAAAUACAGUGGACCUUCCGAGGAUGAUGAUAUUGAUUUUUUCCAUGAGACUGUCUUCGAUUCAUUGACUUCGAGAAAUACAGGAAGUACAGGUCGUUCCCGCAAUGCAACUCUGGAUUCCAUGUUUGACGAAUCUCCUCCAAGUCUUCAAGGUCAACUCAACAUCCCCUUGAUCAGGAACAAAACACACGCUAGUAUUGUUGAAGAGGACGAGGACAUGUCAACACCCAUCAAAGAAUCUGUACUGCCCGUUCGAGAUGGGUUCUCAACACCUGUCCGUCCAACGACUGCUGACUCCGACAUUCCCUCGUCUCCGCCAAGUUUCUGCCUAGCUACCAAGGAUUUUGGUCGGCUUUCCUUGGACGAUGAAGAGGACGACGAGGAUUGGACCAAGGAAGAUGAUAUGGGACUCGACAACCGCUUGUCUCCUCCAUCAAAUUCCAAUUCUUUCCGAAUGAGUGCCAGUUUUAGGGCUGCCUUGGCAGAUGUAUCCGGCAACAGCAUGUCUGGUGUGACUACUGAAAGACCCAGGAGUAACUUGUUCGAAUGGUCUGAACCUUCGAAUGAAAAACUUGAUUCUUUGGGUAGAUCUCCUCGGCCCAGAACUGCUCAUGCCAAUCAAUUGUUGGAUACUCGAGGCGGACGCACACCUGGCAGACGUGGUCCAACCCCAAUUCACAUCCGUAGCCAAAGUGUUCCCGUGGUGCCCGACGCUACAGAGCACUCGAAGCUAACUCCAAAGUUUGGGACUUGGGGACUCGGUGGUAAAGGAGUCAGUGAGGAUUGGGACAACGAUUUUGAUUUCGAUAUUCCAUCAGACGAUGAGGGUGACGAUUCCACAACGGGAAAGAGUGGCAUGUUUAUCCCCCCUACUAUUCAAGCUAGCCAAGCAACUGUAGUUGGCCAUGUUGGACAUAUUCGAGAAGUUUGUUUGCUGGUCGAGGAUCUCAAAAGAUUGAGACUCUUAGGAAAAGAAAAGGGGUUAUUGGAUGGUCCAUCGGCAGGAUUGUGGAAAGAGGCUGAGGGGAUCAUUGCUUUGGCAGUUCCAGAUGAGGAGGACCUUGACCUGUCUACUCCAUCAUCUCCAACAUCAAUGGUCUUCAACCGAGACGCUUCUGAUGGUAAGUUGAGCCAUGAACACGAGGACCUCGACUUCGGUGACGAAGAUCUGGAUUUUGGGCACGACUCUCGUCAGACUUCUAAACCCAUUGGGAAUCUUACGGGGAGUCACGAACGUUCCGGGGGGUCUCCGUAUGAUGUCAAAACUCUUCGGCGUAGAUCCGUCUUCACACUCGAUGACGAUAUCUUUGGAGCGGAUUCCAACAGUCCCCGCAGUGUUCCUCUACCCCAUUCACCUUGCCCAUCAUGCGAGAAGAAGAAGUCAUCGGAGGUUGCACGAACUGUCAUGGAGACAAUGCAUCAACAUCGAGCCAUUUCAGAUCCGCUUGUGAAGGAAAUGGCUGCUCAAUCGGCCAACAAAAUGCCUUUCGAUACCACCAGUCUCCGAGAUCUCGUUCAACGUGCCGGCGUCUUAACUCGCACUCUCGGUGAAAUAAUUCGAAGAGCCGAUGGCAGAGCCUUGUCCCCUGAUUUAACUCCUCACAGAGAGUCUAGCCCCGCCUUCACUCGCGUUUUCACCGACCCACAAUCCGGCACCCCAAAAUCUCUUCCAAGAAAUCAGAGCAAUAAUUCCAUGCUCAAUAAUAGCCCGUUGGAUUCUUCUCCAUCCCGAAGCCUCGGUCAAAGGAUGCAUAUGAUGACUGUCGUCUGAGUGACAUUUCAAAAUUAUAAUACGAGCAAAACUCAGUUCUUGUACAUUGUGAGCCCCAGAGGUUCGUUGGUUUUUAUUCCUGCAUAGCGACGGUUCCUUUUGGCGACUGCACCCAGCGUUUUCAAAUAAUGUGUUUACGUUCAUCUUCCAUCGAAAUUCCAAUUUGCAUCCGAGUCUUCUCGACCAGAUUUCGGCAUCAAAAGGACUCUUUUGUUUGGGAAUUAUUGAUGUUACGGUCGACCCGAGGAAAGAUGCAUCCAGCAACUGCGAAUACGCCUAAUGUUUGCGUGAUGCAAUGUUUGUCUUUUCUCUCGUCUACCCUUUGGCGUGCUUGUGCUUGUUUCAGGGUAUUUGGAGUUGGCUUUACAAAAAAGCAUGGGCAGAAGCUUUUUUCCGCAAUUCUUCUUCUUUCCUUUGUGUGCGUUCUCAUUUUCCUUUGGUUGUUUUUCAUAUGAUAGAAAGAUUGGGCUUCCUUUUUGUACUACAACGACGGUAUACCUACCUGUUUUGUAUGGCAGAAGGUUAUUACUUUUUUUCCCUUCCUUUUCUUUUGCAUUUGGUUGGAGAGAGCAAAAAACAACACAUGGCCAGGAAAAAAGAAGAUUUUCGGGGAGACUUUUUUGACUUUUUCUCUUCGAGCCCUGGAUCUACCAUUUUCAGGAGAGGAAAACAAAAUUUACUCUGUUUUUUUCCCUUGCAUGCAUGCAAUCAUGGAGUUUUCUGGGUGGGGGUAAUGGGGUUGGUGGUUGAGAGGGGGUGUUACUUUUUUCCCAUUCUUCACACCCGGAUAAAGACAUAAAAAAGGGGAUUUGAUUGAUUGUGAGGGGUGGAAAUCACACAUUUUCUUUUUCGUGUUGCAGAAGGGAUGGAUGGAGCUUGGGGAGGGGAGUAUGGAAGGCGUGGAUGGAUGGAUUGGUUUGCUUGCAUGGUUUGGGUGUUGAAUGCAUGGAGGGCAGAAUGGGCAUAGAAACGUGGAAAGUGCGAGCGAACGUGAAUGCAUACGGUAUGAGAUAUGAUAUGAUUCGUUGAAUGGAAUGAUAUGAGAUCC